UUUGCCCGUUAUUGCUGUUUUCGCAUUACUGCAGACGGUGAACUGGCAAGUCCAGUUGUUGGCUGAUGUUGUCGUACUGUCCGGAGAAGCUGAGCUCCGAAAUUAAAAACGAGAAAGGUCUGCAUUUCUAUUAAAGUAUCGACAAGAAGUGGAACUAUCUGGCAGUUCUGGAGACUCGAGAGAUGGAAUAUAAAUCUGAAGAAGUGACCUCCAAAGAGGAGAGUAAUGACAAGUGAUGUGUGGGGUGGUGUCAAGGCCUGUAUUGCUAAUUUGGAAGUUGCUUUGCUGUGUAAUUUGUUUGCUGCUUUGGUUCUGUGCUACAGUGUGGACUUUUAAGAGCAGCAGCACCCAAAACCAAUAAGCAGCUCAACAAACAGCUAAUAACCAAUCGCAUUUGCAUAUCAGAAUGAAGAAAACUGCUAACGCUGAAUGUGAUUGGUUGGUGUAUUUUGCCUAAAGUAGCUUAACAAAGCACUGGAAAGCUGAAAAUCCCCCACGGGUGACCUGAGAGACUGCCUGACCCAAUAACAGUUGUGCCUGGUGCAAGACCCCCCAUUUCUCAGGACAGGUAGGGUGUCAACUUCAAAAGCGAAAGGGCCAGGCCUGGCACCACUUUCUACAAACGUCCCUCUGUGGCUGAUAACCUGAAGUGUUGGCUGUUCUCAUUAAAGACACAUUUACUGAGUAGCCUUUGUGAAAUAUGCAUUCUGUGAGGAAAAGCUGGGGUAGAGCACCAAAGGGAAACCAUUUAUCAGGAAGGCUGGGACAUUAAGGUGCAAGUGCCUGCAGGGUGCUGCUGUACAGGACUCUUCGUUCCAAGUAUACCAUGGAGAGCAAAAAACCAGUGAAGAUUAAGGAAGAAGACUGCGAAUGGGAAUCUGUGCAAUGUCAGACAAACAUUUAUGGCAUUGAGCAAGAGAAGGGUUGUGAAUGGGAACCAGUCAUCGUUAAAGAAGAGUCUGAGCUGACAUAUGACACCACUAACCUGCAAAAAGACGAACUUGUAAACCAGGCCAAGGCAAAAGACCUUAAAUCGGAGUCGGAAUAUCCGCAUGUGUACCAACAGGAGGAAAUAACUGGGACAAGCUUCAAGAGAAGUCAACCUCACUCCCUCCAGAAUCAUUCUGUCCAGGUGAAGACCGAACCUUUCCAUUAUAAUAUGGAGGUGACUGAGAAUACGUCCUGUUCAACGUACUCUGGAGAAGAUUUACAAGAAAGCAGUAUCUUCUCCCCAUCUUCAUUUCCUGUGUCCUCUCUUCACCAUAGACUACAGCAAAAUGAAAGCGUGAAAAAACUGACACCUGAAUCAGAGAUUUUAUUACCGGGAUUGUUGCCAUGCAGCUUUUUGCCUGUUGUGAAAUUAACAAGAAUAGAUGCAGUCAAUACUCAACAGCAGAGGCAUCAUGCAAAUUCAGCGGCUGUGUAUGUCUACCAAGAGAAGAGAAGUACUUUUAAACAACAAUCUAAAACUAAGUGGAGUCAUAGUGAGCAGAAACCAUGUCGCUGUUCUAAGCAUGGCAAAGAGUUCUGUGACAAAUGCAGUCUUCAGUUCCACUCAAAAGUUCACACAAAAGAGAAAACAUAUUGUUGCUCUGACUGUGGCAAACGAUUUGCUUUCAAUCACUGUCUUCAGACACACAUGAGAAUUCACACUGGAGAAAAGCCAUUUUCUUGUUCUGAAUGUGGAAAACAAUUCACCCAUAAAAGCAAUCUUCAGGCUCACAAGCGAAUUCACACUGGUGAAAAGCCAUAUUGUUGUACUGACUGUGGCAGAAAAUUCACCUAUAGUAGCCAUCUUCAAACUCACAGAAGAAUUCACACUGGAGAAAAACCAUAUCAUUGUUCAGAAUGUGGCAAACAAUUUUCACAAAUCAGCAGUCUUCAGAUUCACAGAAGAAUUCACACAGGAGAGAAACCACAUUGUUGCCCUGACUGUGGCAAACGAUUUACUUUCAGUCGCAGUCUUUGGAUGCACAAGAGAAUUCACACUGGAGAAAAGCCAUAUUGUUGUUCUGAUUGUGGGAAACAGUUCACCCAAAAAAGCAAUCUUCAGGCUCACAAGAGAAUACACACUGGAGAAAAGCCAUUUCAUUGUAGUGACUGUGGCAAACAAUUCACGUUCAGUAGCCAUCUUCAGGCUCACACAAGAAUUCACACUGGAGAAAAACCAUAUUGUUGUUCAGAAUGUGGGAAACAAUUUUCACAAAUCAGCAGUCUUCAGAUCCACAGAAGAAUUCACACUGGAGAAAAGCCAUAUUGUUGUUCACAGUGUGGCAAACGAUUCUCCUGCAAUAGUUAUCUUCAGACCCACAGAAGAACUCAUACUGGUGAGGAGCCGUAUUGCUGUUCUGAGUGUGGCAAGGGAUUCUCUGACAAAGGCAGUCUUCAGACCCACACAAGAAUUCAUGCAUGUGAGAAGUUGUUCCCCCGAGGUGAGGCUGAGACUCCUCCAUUUAUCUUGGACCCAGGAGCACUUCCUAGUCACAAGGAUGCUGCCCAUAGCUGGGAGAUCCUCUCCCAAAAGCACUCCCAGCGCCACAGGAGUCUCCUUUCCAUGUACACCAUGGAGAACAAAACAAGCUCUGUGAAUGUUAAGGAAGAAGACUGUGAAUGGGGAUCUGUGCUACAUCAGAUGAAGGUGUAUGAUGAUGAAGAUAAGGAGGAUAGUGAAUGGGCUCCGGUACUGUUUAAAGAAGAGUCUGAGCCAGCAUCUGUUAUCGUGGACUUGCAAAAAGAUGAAGUUAUAAACGGUAUCAAGACUCAAGGCAUUAAACAGGAGUCUGUCACUCAAUGUGUCUCCUCAGGUGAAACGCUAACUGGAACAGGCUUCACGAAAAGUAGACCUCACUCCCUCGAGAAUACGGUGAAGAGAGAAUAUUGUGAUUGUAAUGUGAAGAGGACUGACAAAGCAUCCUGUUCAAUGCAUCAUGGAGAAGAUUUACAAGAGAGUGGCACCUUCUCCACAUCCUCAUUUUCUCAGUUGUCUCUUCACUGCAAACUACAGCAAAAUGAAAACUUAACAUCAGGCUCAGACAUUUUGUUACUGACCUCAUUGCCAUAUAGUUCUUUGCCUGUUGUGAAAAUAAUAAGUGUAGAUGCAAUCAACACCCAACAACAGGCUCAUGAUACAAAUUCAGCAGCUUCUAAAACUAACAAUAUGUGGAGUCUUAUAGGACAGAAGCAAUAUGUCUGUUCUGAGUGUGGAAAACCAUUCUCCUGCAAUACCACUCUUAAGAGGCACAAACAAAUUCAUACAGGAGAGAAGCCAUAUUGCUGCUCUGAAUGUGGAAAACAAUUCUUUCAAGUAGGACAUCUUCAAGCCCACAGCAGAAUUCAUACGGGUGAGAAACCAUAUUGCUGUUCUGAAUGUGGCAAAAGGUUCUCUAAGAAGAAUGGCCUUCAGAUCCACAUAAGAACUCACACUGGAGAGAAGCCAUAUUGCUGUCCUGAAUGUGGCAAGCAAUUCAUCACCAGUACUAGGCUUCAGAUUCACAGAAGAAUUCACACUGGAGAGAAGCCAUAUUGCUGCUCUUAUUGUAGGAAACAAUUCUCAGACAAGCGUGUACUUCAGUUACACACAAGAACUCACACAGGAGAGAAGCCAUAUUGCUGUUCAGACUGUGGCAAGCAAUUCACUCAAAUAGGCAAUCUUCAGACCCACACAAGAAUUCACACCGGGGAGAAGCCAUUUUGCUGUUCUGAAUGUGGAAAACAAUUCUCACAAAUAGUCCAUCUUCAAUCUCACACAAGAAUUCAUACUGGGGAGAAGCCAUAUUACUGUUCUGAAUGUGGCAAACGAUUCUCUGACAGACGUGGAAUUCGGUUACAUACAAAAGUUCAUUCGGGAGGAAAUUCAUAUUGCUAUUCUGAUUGUGGGAAGUAAUUCACCACCGAUAGAUAGAUGGGAUUAAUAAAGAAUCUAUCUAUCUAUCUAAGGGGAAAUUCACUAUAGUAUAGUCACACAGGAAUUUACAUUAGGAAUGACACCUCUUAACUAAUGAUUAAGAUUCACUCCUGUCUGGACUGCACAAAAAAGUAAUACAGAGUUUUUGUCAGGGUGAAUUUCUGUGUGGCUGUUCUUAUUGUCGGAAAACAUUCUCUAAUAAAUGCUGUCUUCAGGUUCAAGAAUACAAUGAAGAGAAGAAAUAAAACAUGUAAAAAGAAAAGUGUGACAUACUUAUCAAGUACUGUUUACAACCUGUGAAUGGAACCCAACAUCUGGAAAUUGCAUGGGCCUGAUUGAAAUAAACAAUGUGCACAGAUCAACAAGCAUUGGACUUCAAACAUAUCCGACGUCUUCAGAUCAACAGAAAGUGUUCAGCCAUUAAAGUCAAAAAAGUCUUCAUUGUAACACCUUUUUAUUUAAUGUUGACACCUGUUGCACAGAUAGAGCUAGUACAGUGGAUUAGUUUUGAGAAAACAAGCCACGUCAGCCCACUAGCAAGGGCUUGGUUUAAGAAUUGAUUUGGGUGAAAAACAGACUGGCAACUUCAAGGUCUAAAAAACAAAAGUUAAGGUCUGAUGUUUUGACAGUUAAAAUGGACAGUUUAGAAAUAAAAGUGUUUGCUGAGCUGCGACAUUAAGAAUUUCUAACAGGUGACCAGGGCACAGAGGGUAAGGGUCCUGAGCUACAGUUUCAGUGUCGGUGUGACCCAAGAUGUGUCAUGACCAAGGCUUGAUAUUGUCAUGAAGUAUCUAAUGAAAUAAUAAGUAAAUAAUGAGGUAACUAAAUGAUAAACCUUAACAGUACAUAUAUUAAGGACUAACAAGUCAUGCAAAAUGACCCCUUGUAUUGGCUGAGUAGAAAGAUUACAAUAUGCAAGCUUUCGAGGCAACUCGGGCCCCUUCUUCAGACAAGAUGUAAUACAGAAACUGGAGUUCCCUGUGUUUAUAUACACACUAGGACAGCGCUUCCUGAUUGGGGGUGCCAGAAUCCAUCGAGGAAGAAAAAUGAAAAACAUUAUUUGUACAAAAUCUUAAUUUAUCUAUCCAUUCCUAAAUAA